GGCGGGAAUCUAGUUGUUGGCGGGUGUCUAGGCCUCUGCGGAGGCGAAUCCGGCGGGAAUCGGAGCCAUCAGAACCGCCACCAUGACUGUGGGCAAGAGCAGCAAGAUGCUGCAGCACAUCGACUACAGGAUGAGAUGCAUCCUGCAAGAUGGCCGGAUCUUCAUUGGCACCUUCAAGGCUUUUGACAAGCAUAUGAAUUUGAUCCUCUGUGAUUGUGAUGAGUUCAGGAAGAUCAAGCCAAAGAACUCCAAACAAGCAGAAAGGGAAGAGAAGCGAGUCCUUGGUCUGGUGCUGCUUCGAGGGGAGAACCUGGUCUCGAUGACAGUAGAAGGAGCCCCUCCCAAAGAUACUGGUAUUGCUCGAGUGCCACUUGCUGGAGCUGCUGGGGGCCCAGGAAUUGGCAGGGCUGCUGGCAGAGGAAUCCCAGCUGGUGUUCCUAUGCCCCAGGCUCCUGCAGGUCUUGCUGGACCAGUCCGUAGGGUUGGUGGGCCAUCCCAACAGGUGAUGACCCUGCAAGGAAGAGGCACUGUUGCAGCUGCUGCUGCUGCUGCCACUGCCAGUAUUGCAGGAGCUCCAACCCAGUACCCACCAGGCCGUGGGGGUCCUCCACCACCUAUGGGCCGAGGGGCACCCCCUCCAGGCAUGAUGGGCCCACCUCCUGGUAUGAGGCCUCCUAUGGGUCCCCCAACGGGGAUUCCCCCUGGACGAGGGACCCCGAUGGGCAUGCCCCCUCCAGGAAUGCGGCCCCCUCCCCCAGGGAUGCGCGGGCCCCCUCCCCCGGGAAUGCGCCCACCAAGGCCCUAGACUCAUCUUGGUCCUCCUCAGCUCCUUGCCUGUUUCCUGUAAGGCUGUACAUAGUCCUUUUAUUUUCCUUGUGGCCUAUGAGACUGGUUUAUAAUAAACUCUCAAGAGAAUAUUGCAAAUGCA